AUGUCUGCCGACAGCGUGGGGACAAUUACUGCUCUUGAACGCGUAAAUGGCAAUGGGAACACUUCAGAUUCGACAAUUACGGCAUCUGAAGCGGAUACGGUCACUUCUAUGAAUGUAACUUCGACUCCAGUCACGGGUGACAAGCAACUGGAUGUCUACCUUUUCUCAUCAAACAUGAACACAACCUCUGAAAAAUUCGGGCCGCUUUAUAUUCUUGCAAAGCCUCUUGGUUGGGACAAAUUUUUAAGCGCGGCCUUAGAACAACGUCACGUGCUGAUCAAAAACUUCUAA